AUGUGGCCAAUCUAUUACGACAUCUUCAUGUCAGAAACGUGCUCCCAGGCCCUCAAAAGCCACUUGGCCGAGCUUCUAUCCGCAUCUGAAGAUAUAGAAUCAUGGCUGAAGUCAGAUCUGGGAAAAGUCCUCACUGUGGGUUCCAAGUACACCCUUGCUGUUGUCAGACGGCUCUGGAGUGCUUGGGCAAAAGGUUUAGACGAAAAGGGGAAAGGCCAACGUAGGAAAUCCGUCGAAAGAGAAUUGGCCAAUAUAGUUAAGGAAAGACAUUCAAAAGGUUCCAUUCUAUCCGUAGCCCGGUCUGCUGGCCCCUUAACUAUAGAAGUGAUGAGAACAUCGAUGGAUCACUUCAAUCACUACUGGAAGCAUGGUACCACAGAUCAUCAUACGGAAAAGCCACCAGUCUCCAAUCCAACGUUCUCAUUGACGAAAUAUGGAAGGAAGUUUAGUGUUCACUACGGAACAAACCCCCUGGCUGGGUUCCAUCUCUCAACAGCCGUUGUCCCGUUUGGAUCAAGGGACUUCCGGCCUAUGAAAAAUUCGUCGGAUUUUACUCCAUUGGUCAAGUGCGCUAAGGAAGAAUUCAAUCUUUGGUGCCAAUCUUUCCGAAAUGCCCAAAAGAAUAAUACCUUCACCAUAUGCUUCUUUGUCGAUGAAGCCUUAGAGCUUUGUGGUAGUUUGAGUCCAAGAAUCGAUGCUACCGGGAUAAAAGAAAUCAACGAGAACAAUGCAACCUCUAAAGGAUACCUCCACAACCAUCCUACCCAGUUCAAUGUCAUUGACAUUUCCAACUUGAUUGACCACGUCGGGACGUACAAUAUCUUACUCUCAAUUCUGACAUUGCUUCGAAAAGAUCACAUCAGCUACCUUAGCACCGAAACAUUGCUCAAGCAUGAAUUCAACAUCGAUCGUGGCAAUGAAGCUUUAUACAACGUCUUCGGCGUCGAUCCAGCUUCGGUCUUUGCUCUUCUCGGGAUCACAGUUGUCGACUUUAUGUGUGCCCAAACCAGUAUUUCUCAGGUUAGCGAGCAUCAAUUGGAGGCAUUCGCCGACGGUGAGCAAAGGCACGGCCGCCUUGUAUGGAAGUGGAUUCCUUCGUUUCAACCUGAAGGUUUGAACGAAGACUGUACAUCAAUCUCGCAAGAGCCAAAAUUCUUAUAUGAUGUGAAAAAUAUGGUAGAUUUCUUAGCCGCAAUCUAUAAGAAACUAUUCUCAAUCGAGAACCAUACGUGGUCGCUGCAACAAAUGGAGGAUUGCGUUAAAAAAAGAAAGCCUAUCAACAUACUACAGCACAAUACCCGCAUGACGUUCUCAUUAUUGCUGCAGAAGGCCAAGCGCCUCACAUCUGCAACUGUAAACUGGAACGAACUCAUGGAGAGACUUCUCCUAUUCGUUACCCGUGAUUGCGGAUGCUUUAUCGCCCCUUGUUUUGUUCAAGAGCAAGACGCUCUUAACCUUCUCCACAAAGUCAAAACCGCGGACUACUUGGAUAUACCUCCUAGUCUCGCCGCAACUAGAUUCAGAAGCGUAAGGGGACAUAGAACCAGCAAAAUCAACUAUGAGAGUGUUCUCACUUGCGUUACUCUAUCCGUCCCCAUCAACGCUUUCAACAAGCUCUCGAUGCGAGACAUGAAACAAGUCGGCACUCCUCAGCUCCAGUUGACGCUUUCAUGCGGCGAUCUGAUGAACCAUUUCUGUGCCAUUCAACGCAAAUUUGGAAAUCUUGAUGCGAUAGACGGGACAGAACCCGGUGAAAUAUACUUCGAAAGAAACGCCCCAAAAUUCAAAGAAGAUCUUGACGGCUGGAUGGGAACAUCGUCUAUUUUGUAUAGCUGCAUGGUUCCAACGUGGUUCUUGAUGCUCAUCGGUUGCAAAAUCUCCCUAGAUGUUGUUUCUAAUCCCAUGACGUCCCUUCUCAUCACGGAGCUCGGUCCAUUUAUGAAACUCUUUGAAACCGACGUGGACGACCACAAAAUUGUUCGACUUUCGACGAUGUUUCCCUUGGCUAAGACCUUUCUUGGUGUCCCAACCGGCUUAAAAACGGCUAAGGAUCUAUAUAAUACCAGAUUCGGGGCCUCAAGUACGCUAACGGGAGAUACAUCAAAGGUCGGGCCUACUCCCAAGCCAUCUGGACUACAGCGCGAGUACACACUUCUCAUGUUAGGAAGGACCCGCCGACUGGAACGCCAGCAAGCUUCCGGGCUCGGCCCCUUACCGGGAUCCCUUGAUUAUGGGGCUCACCCAAUGAUUAGUCGCAUUCUAUACCGUUGGUCUGUUGAAUCCGACCAUUCUCUAGUCAAAUUAUUAGAAGAUAAGGCAACGAUAUCGACUACGAGAGAAGGUUCCUCUGGGAUCAGAGUUCAUCUCGGUCCUAGUUCUAAACUAAUCGUUUUCCCAUUCCCGAUUGGAGAGCCGAUCAAACUGUCGGUAGCUAGAAAGUCAAAGUACAUUGAGAUCGACGCACCAAUGUACAACGGCUUCAUGGGAGCCCCCCUUUACUCUCAAUUUCCCAUUUUGAUAGCAAACAAAUCACUCCGCAGCAUCGUUCCGUGGGGUAUGCAUCGAAUCAAUCUUGACAAAUCACCAGCUGUUCUAAUCGACCUUCUUAAACAUGGUAAAAGUGGUUACGACUGGAUCAGCUCGGCAGCUACGUUCUCCCUUUCUAGACAAGAACGCGCAAAUAUUAACUCUUGUACCCACAAGUACUUCGGAGAUCUCAUGUCAGAGAUCAAGGAGACGAUUCACAUGAUCAUCAUCCGCUACCUCGGAAUCCAGGGGUUCCAGCAUAGUUGUUUCGUCUUGAGUUGCGAAGGCGUCGGCGGCUACAUGCUCAUCUAUGUCAAGGACAUUCGUCUCGACCUUUCAGGUCAGAAUAUCACCGCAGACUGUGCCCUAGUUCCAUUCGAGGAUAACAGCUUGCCCCAAAUCGCCCCAGACCUCGUCGAUUUUCAUCAUGCACCGCUCAGAUGCUCUCCUGAGGAAUCAAAGGCCUGGUUGCAGAUAGCACCCAACUUAGUCGAAAGAUGUCGAACUUGGCAACAUAAGCAAAGCUGUGAAUACAUCAAGUCUUCACGGAUUCCACUCUCCGCUCCCGGUCUCAGAAUAGGUGACCCUCCAAUCUGUAAUUGUGGAAAAGGGAUCUUUCCAAAGACAUUCUACGAUGACCCAGUCAUCAAACCUUUCUUACCCCAUGCCACACGCGCUGCACUUGGUCUCUUGUUUCCACCACCCUAUUCCAAGCAAUUGCAAAACAUGCGACAUCUUAUUUCCAAAACAUCAGGUCUCAGUUUACCCAACAUUCUCUCCGAAGAGCCAAAGAAAACAGGGUGUGCUCUUUGCGGAAAGGAGGAAGAUGGCGACCGAAAGUUGAGGAAGUGCACCGCUUGUAUGAAUGUUGAGUACUGCAGUAAGGAAUGUCAGAAGAAGGACUGGAAGGCACAUAAAAAGACCCAUGGGACUUAG